AUGUCACGGCAACUCAACAUGCGAGACCGCGCAGCAGCACAACCAGGUCCGUACGGUCCCAACAAUCCUCCACCGCCUCCGUCCGAGCCCCCACCGCGUGGACCCAGAGAACAGGGAGACCGGGGUAGAGGUGUUGACGAUGUCGAUGCUGCCUUCACCGAUAAGAAGGGUUGUUUUCGGUGUGGAGAGCAAGGACAUAUAGCUCGUGCUUGCAAGGUCCGAGUUGGUCAGAUCAAGACUGAUGCUGAGGUUGCUGCCGAUGAGGCGAAGGCUAUGGCUGGUCGAUACGGUGACCGCGACGACGAUAGGCAUUGGUCGCCCAGGCAGGAUGCUGCCUUCCGAAUCAGUCGCACGAGAGAUAUCAGCCGACUGGAAGCUCACAUCCAGCAAGCGUACGGCCAAAGUCAAGAUACGCAGCAACCUCAUCAGGAGCACUUCAGUGAGGCGCCUUCGCGUUCAGAGUACUUCGCGGAGGACGAAGUCGACUGGGACGACGACGCUCUAGAGACGGCCCACGUUGCUCCCGCGGUGAGAAUGAGUACCGGUCGGAAGAUACCACAGCCUGAGUAUCCGAGGCAUGAGGAGCCGUACCGCCAUUACGAAGGUCCAGAAGCGCAUACUCCGACCGUCCAGCAUGCGCCAAUUCAGUCGGUGCACCGCAGAUCCAGCCAAACGCCCAGUACAGCAAAGUCAGCCAAAGAGCCCAAGUUGGGCCUGCCGCACCUCCAAAACGCCGAGACAGCAGAGUUUCCACCGACCGUGCACGACCUCCGCGGCUACGAUUACCGUAUCUUCACCAUGUACGCGAGCAAGCCCAAGGCUCAGCGCUUUAUCAACGGUGCCAACGGCAAGAUCGCACCAGGCAUGUACGGCUCCGAGCAACGCCACGAUCUGGGCCUUUGCUUCACCACGUACCUUACGAAGAAACGUUGUGAGAUGGGAGUCAAGUGUCCCUGGCGCCAUCACCCGCUUUCGAACACUGAGAAGGCUUGGAUCAUAAAGUAUGGCAAACAGAAGGGAGAGGAGUUCAUCGAAAACGUAGAUCGGUGGUGGAACUUCCCCGAGACACCGGUGCCGGGUACUUCUAUGGAGGGCCUAGGCGACGGCGGGAACUAG